AUGUUUCCCGACGGAAAUACCAUUAUUACCGGUCAGUUUAGAAGUUGUACAUAUUAGGUGCCUAUCUCAAACUUUCGUUUUUGAAAUUAUAAUUAUCAUUAAUUGAAAAAAAGUUUUUUUACGAACAUGUAUUUUUGAAGUUUGGAAUAUUUUUUUGGACUACUAAUAAAACAUUCAUACAAGUGUUAAAGGCGCUGAAAAUGGACAUCUCAUUGUUUGGAAAUGUGCGGAAGAUGGCUUGACUCCUCGUCAGCUCAUGAUAGGACACUCUUUUCCAAUAACAGCUAUCUCCCAAACCACAAAUUUGAUAGCAACUUCGUGAGUUGAUCUUUUCGUGUAAUUUCCGGUUCAAAUAAUGCUGUAGACGCUUUGUGUCAACGUCUUCUGAUGGUCGGGUGUGUCUUUGGGAAAUUCAAGACGGUCGUUGCAUCGACUUUGUACAGACAAUUCACGUUCAUCGCCAUAUUCAGCCAUAUGUGAAUCUUAAUUUUUUUUUUUCCAAGAUCUCAAUAUUUCGCUUCCAGACAUACAAAACUUCUCGUCAUACUCGCGCGACAAGGUUGUUUUGUACGGGCGAUUAUUGCGACUUCAUCGUGAUGGACCCUCAGGACCUCACAAUAGUUUAUCACAUUAGUUCGAGGUUCCAAAGUUUUGAAAUUGAUCCAUGACUAAACAAUUUAGAGUGGAACCAGAUUGGGUGUGUAGUUACGUGAUUGUUCAGCGAGAUUUGAAAGCAGACCAGUGCAUUGGAGUCACGAUGAGCGGCAUGGUCAAAUUGUGGACCUUGGUUGGUCUCGAAAAGAAGGUGUCAGUUCUGUAAUACAACAACGAAAAACGAGAUAGAGUUGAGGACAUGGCCAACGCGCUUUACGAAGAUGAAUCGAAGCGUCUUGACAUGCAGCAUGUCUGCGACAUCGCUUUCAACACAGCCAACGAAAAGAUUUUUCUGAUUGUUGCGUCAAAAUCUUGGCAGGUUCUUUGAACAAGCUUUAUCUAGAUGAUCAUAUCUAUGUCAGGUGGUAGACAUGGACGAUUUGUCCACGGUCGCUUCUGCCGAAAAUACGGUUCGCGCAGUCGCCGGCUACAUAAUAGGAGUCGACAAGGUCGCCAUUUGUUACUUGGACCAUUCGGUGAAAAUAUUCCAACUCCCAAUAAGGUUCGAGAAUCUUUCGAAAUUUCGAAACUUGAAGAGAGUUCAGUUCUUUGCGCGGAGAGCAACUGUCGAGAUACUUCAAUGGAAGCAUUCCUGUCGAUUAUUUCGGUAUCCAAAUUCCUUUCGUGGUCGCCGUACUUGAGGGAAUGAGUAACCCAAGUUUUGCGGUUUGUUCUUUGAUCUAUUCAACUUUUUCAAAGGAUUUGGGCGGCAGCUGAAGAUAGUUUUUCUUAAACUGAAAUCGGAAUAUUUCUAUGAAUCACGAGCACAAGAGAUAAAUUUUCUUUAGUGGGUGAAUGACGUGCGAUUCGCCUGUUUGAUCACGACAACGCCUGGAACAAACAAACAGGACAUACUCCUGUGCAAAACUUCGCGAAACACAGGACAGGCGCUCGUUUGGCGAAUGCCUUCUUUCGACAAAGAUUUCAUGAAACGGAUCACUUCAACCGCCAGUCUUCCUUUUCGUAUGAAGCCAAGAACAUUUCCAUCCCAACUCUUUUAAAUUUGAAGGAUUCAAAGGAACUCAUGUGGAGAGUCUGUCGUCCAUCUGGGAGAACAUCCACAAUAACGAAGAAGGCCGAAUGCCAGUUCUCGUGAGUCUCAGCCAUUGGAGUUGUUCAAUCUUUACACGAUUAAAAAGCCGACAGUUUUUAGUUUUUUGUAGGAUUUAUGCUUAAGCGUUCAUCGUUUUUCCACUGCUCAUCCAGCGGCUAGAAAGUGAAUUCAAUCUCUUAAUGACAGAGUUAAAAAUCAAAAGAAAAAGAAGUUUUUUCGAAUUUUCAUAUGGUUUUUGAAAGGGGUUUCAGAAUUCGGGGAACGUGCGAUGUUCCUUGUUCGUUGCCAGUCAAGGAAAGCUGUUCCUGGGGAGGAACGACGGCGUGAUAGUCAUGACCUAUGCCUGCGAGACCCUUUCUCGACAAUGGCUCCACGUUCCGCCGGAAAGGCCCACCUCCAGAAAGCUGAUUGGCCACCGAUCCGCCGUCAGGUCAGUGGCGAAUGUACAUGUUUUCUACUGCUUUUCUUAUUAAGACGCUUCUUUCAGCCUCUUUGUAAGCAAAGUCGUGUGAAAGUGAUGACGUCAGGUUUUUUUUUCAUUAUUCGAAUUCUUUUUUCGAAAAGACAUCUUGAAUUACCAUGGAAGUAAACGGCGAGAAAAAUAAAUUAAGCUUUUUUCGAGGUUUCGGAUGCAUCAUGGACUUUAUUCCAGAACGAUGUUCUACCCUUACGAGAAAGACACGCGUUUCGAUCCCCAACUAUUCUUGUCGGGAAGCGACGAUUUCUCGGCCAUCAUCUGGAACGUCAACACGGCGGCCAAACUCUACCGUUUCGUGGUCCACAGCGGUCCCGUCAUCAGAUUCGUCACUCCGCCCCCCAAUUGCAGCGUAAAUUCUCUUAAAGGCUCAUUGUGCAGUCGACUGCCUUCAGAAACAAAUGAGCAAGUGUGUUUGUGCGAUCGCCGAAGACCACAGUGUUUCUCUGCUGAAUGUUCGCGAGAACAAAUGUGUCCUUCUGGCGUCGCGACAUCCUCACCCGGUCAAAGAGGUUCUUAAUAAACCAAAUUUUCUCUAAUAGUUCACGCUAAAUCAAAUGAUGUUGAAUAGCGCAGAAAAAAAUAGUCCUAACGAAAUUUCAUCUCGAUUUGAGAGAUUUCAGGCCUGUCUAGAAGUUCACCUAUGUGAAAUCGAAGAUAUUUUAAAUAUCUUUUUUCAACAUUUAUCAUUUUUUAUCAAAGUCUUCUCAUCUCGUGUAUUUAUUCGAUAAAAAGUUUUUUGCAGGUGAAAUGGCGCCCUCUCGACGAUUUUAUGCUGGUUCGGCUCGACAAUGGCAGCGUAUACGUUUGGCAGAUGGAAACAGGUAUUCUAGACCUAAAUUGCCACGAGAAUUCGAUCUGAAGUUUUUUUUUUGGAGAAAUCUUAUGAUAGGAAAGCUUUAUAUCGAAGCUAAAAAGGUCUUGCUCUAUUCAAAUUUUGCUCCAUUGAACACGAUUUUUCAGCGAAUAUCGAUCGGAUAGUGAGUGGAUUGGUGGCGGAAGACGUGAUGGCGGCGUGUGACGAGCAAAUCGGCAGAGAAGAAGGCACCGACGAGACUUCGGCCAACAACGCCGUCCAGCUCAUCCGCGCCAUUAAACACAAGAACAUCGACGCCGUCAAACAACGCGUCGUCGGCGUCAGCAACACGCCGCCGACUCCAACAAGUGACUCUCCCGAACAUUUCUUCUGAGCAACUCCUUCUUCCAGCCAACGUUGAACCGACCCCCACUGGGACCGCCAUGCAGCUCGGCUCGCCGAUGGUGAUCUCCCCGCUCCCUGGCUGCGACCACGGCGCUCAUCUCGUUCAGUUCGAGGUUGGUAUGGCUUGAAAUUGAAACGAAAUUUAUUUUGAUCAGCAAAAAAUAUUUUUCAUAGAAAAUCAAAUGCGUAGGCAAAAUGUUCGUGUGAAUGGGACCAAUUUUUUCGCGCUAUUCUAUCAUAUAAUCUCGUAUGAUUAGCUAUGUGGCAGGUGGGCUGCUUGAUCGCUGGGAUUCUGAACAUCGACGCGUCGGAAGAAGCGGCAGACGCAGCCGACGGAAGAACUCUGUCGCAAGUUAUGAACAAGGCUGACGUCAAUGAUGCGAACUCCAUUGCUGGACUUUCGCGGUAUCUCCUACCACUGAGUUCGAAAAUGACUUCAUUUCCAGACGUUUGACGUGGCAAUUCGAAGCGAAUCUCUACUUGGACGUGUCUCGACUUAUGUUGUCUCUUCUCCACGCCUGGAACCUCGAUUCUGAUUUAGACGAAGUCUGCCAGAAAAAGCUUUCGUUACACAAGCCUCGGAGUGAAAUUUACUUCGGCAACAUCUCGCGACAUGGUUUUAUAAGGAAUAGUCAUGCGUAAUUGUCUUUUCUGUUCAGGCCAGUUAUCCGUUGUCCUUCCCUCCCGACUUUCGUCCAACUUCGACGUUUUCUCCAGGGAAAUCCGGUGGCAGACUAGUCAUUCUUUGACGACGAUUCAUCUGCUCGGAAUAAUCUCUACAGCGAACACACUGAUGGCCAUGAAGAACGCCGUCGUUCAGAUCAAGUUUGCAGACUAAUUUUUAAAAAAAGAAUGAAGAAAAUUGAACUUCUAGUCGUUCGAGAAAAAGCGUCGCUGCGCCGAAUCCGCCUGCUUUCAUCCGCGAUAUGUCUAAAGAUUUGCUGUCCGUGGAGAAACAACAAAUAAAGCAAGGUGAGUGGUAUUCCGUAUUAAAAUUCAUUUAUUUAUUUUCUAUCCUUUCGCAAUUCAUGCCCUCUUUUAUCAUUUUUUUUGUAAACCUGAGUAAAAAUAAAAAAAUUACUAAAAGACUCACAAUCAAGUCGUUAUUUUUUGAUAUUCAGAGCUAGUAAUGGGAAAGAAUAGCGUUUCAAAGAAUCAUUCAGCAGCUUUCAUUGACUUUCAAAAAGUUUUUUCUCAUCGUUUUAUAUUAUUCUCUUGAUUUCGAAGAUCUUGCGAAGAUUUCAAGGUUGGAGCUUACUCGCGGCGCUUCACUGCGUCCUCCUCCCCGACCACGUUCGGCCACGGAGCAGCUACUCUGCGCCACGGAUCGAGUUGUUAGCGAGGCGGUACUGACUUCCGAUGAGCUUCCUUGUACGAAAAAGAAAUUCAGAUGGCAGGACGCUUGUUUGGAAAUCCGAGAAGCUGCUCAGGCGUUGCUCAUCAGGGAGCUGGGAAGGCUGGGGUCUGACGGAAGACGUCGCCUCAUCGAGUCAUGGGCUCCUUUCCUGCCGCCGCUUUUGGACGACUCUCUGUCCAUCUUCGGAUCGAAGCUGCAAUCUUCGAUUCCUGCGCUUCCGCCCUCAGCUCCGCCUAUUCCACCUCGUCAGAGGUCGUCUCCUCCAAGCGUCUCGCCUGUUAUCGUUGCAGGUUUAGAGUUUUCUCGAAAGAAUAGCUGAAAGUAGUUGAAAAUCGCUAACUCAUGCAGAGGUAGCUCUAACAGAAAAGUCAUUUAUAAAGUUAUUAGCAAAACUUUUCUGUGUAAGACUAUUUCAGCUAGUUACCACGAAAGUCCGAAUAUAGCAGGAAAAAUGAACCAAAAAUUUAAAGUUGUUUCUCAAAAAGUAAUUUUUUUAACCGCUAAGAGCUUUUCGAACAAACUUUGCUGGAAAUCACGGAAAGCGACAUUUCAGAGCCGCCGACGACAGAAGACGGAGAAUCAGGAGUUCAGCAAGUCCGAAGGAAUCAAGCGACCGCCAUUAUCUUGCUCAGCGUCAUCGGCUCAGAAUUCGGGGACGAACUCAAUAGGUUUCUUUGAAGACUAUUCCUACUCUCUAUUGUUUUGUCUUUUUUCCAGAGCCGAUUUGACAAGAGCGACGGCCGUCUCUUUGUUGGAGCUUCUCGUGGCGGCGCCGUCUGUGCUUUUGCCUGUGAAUUCUCCGUUGCGACGAGCGGCCAUCGAUUUGUUGGGCCGCGGAUUCAUCCACUGGGAGCCGCACUUGGAGAUUUCCAAGGUUCUGCUGGGACUUCUGGAUCUCGCCUCAACCAUCGAGAAACAAAGCUCGUAUGUUCCGUCUUUUUAUUCGAAGUUCGAUGAAUCGUUCAGUCGUUUCAUCACUGGAGCGCCGUUACCACCGAUAGCAGACGCGUCGCGGACCGCUCGCCAGGCGAUAUCGCUGAUCGCCUUGGCACGGCCGCCGGCUCUUCUCACAGCGCUCAGCAUGGAGGUUUCAAGCUGAAGUUAAGCUUGGUUAAGCCGAAACUUUCAGGUUGCCAGGUACAAUGCCGCAGCACAACACCAGACCAUCCAACAUACCGUCGUCAGCCCUUUACUGAAGUCCAGAAACGAGGUUUUCACUCUUCCAGCCGUUGUCUCAGCGUUCUCUCUCCAGGUGCUUCGGAUCAUCGAGGAAUUGUGUGAGAAGAGGUACUCGGACGUCGUCGAAAUGAUGUUGCCGGUCGGCGACGUCCUCGUCCAUUGCCUCGACGUCUCCAUGCUCAAGCAUCGUUCCUUGGCCGAGGUCUUCCCGCCGAUAACCAAGUAUUCGAACAUGGAAGUGAACUUUUUGCACAGUUUCUCAGAUUUCCUAUGGUCGCAUAUUGCUCUUCAACGCGCCGAAUAGCUUUCGGCGGCCGAAACGGAACCUGUAUUGUUCACGAACUCCGCGCCGCCAAAACUCACGUGAGUUCCUUCUCUUAUUUUUCUUUGAAUUUUACUAGACCAGCUAUUAGUUUUUACAUAUAUUUUGACGAGAAAGUUACAUAAUUUUUGUGUCAACCUAGUAACUUGUAACUAAUUUGUUUGUGAACCGGGCUCUAGGUUGGAAUCAACAAAAAAAGAAUAAGGAAAUUUCGAUUUCCUCGGAUUACUGUAACUAUUCUCUCUGAGAAAAAAAAAACUAUUUCUUAUUACUGAAUUCACAUGACUAGUAAAACUUGAUCUCAUUUUUUACAGACUCUGGCUGCUCAUAAAGGACCAACGACGUGUAUUUCGUUCUCGGAGGACGGCAAGUACUUGGCGACGUACGGUAGUCAGGACGGUCAGCUCAAGUUCUUCCAGACGAGUCAAACUUUCCUGGUAAUGCUGACGAUUGAUAUGUUUCCGAACCGGAGAACCGAUUUCAGGGGAUGGGCCAGAACCAAAUGAGGCUGGUGCUGACUCUGCAGGCGCCGACUGUCUCCGUCGCCAUGAGUCCUGGAGGCAGUUCUUUCAAGCCUCGGCUCGUUUGGAUCAACGCCAAAUCGCUUUCCCUCAUGUUGCCUGAAGGGCGAGAGCAAAGAUUUACGGUUACUUGA